AUGGUUGGGACAGUGUUGGAGCUUUGCACAUUAGAAGAACUGGCUGAGCUUGAGGAGAAUGAUCCAGCUGAAAGGGCUCGGUGGGUGGUGAGUGCUCCAGAUCCCCCAGGUCUAUGGCAGAACCUAGCUAUAUGUUCCAUGAAAAAAACAGCAGCUUUGGUCUCGGCUCUCAACAAUCAGCCUAAACAUAAACUCCUUGCCUCACUCCUGCAAGAGGCAUUUCCUGUCCUUGGUUGGUGUCAAAGCUACAAUGUAACCAAAUUCAAGGCCGAUGUUAUUGCUGGUUUAACUAUUGCCAGCCUCUGCAUUCCCCAGAGUAUGGGAUAUGCAACUUUAGCAAAGCUCGAACCUCAAUAUGGCCUCUACACAAGCGUUGUCCCGCCUUUUAUUUAUGCUGUAAUGGGAACUUCAAAGGACAUGGUGAUUGGACCCGUGGCGGUGGAUUCGCUGCUUCUAUCCGCAAUGAUUCAGAAAUUGAUCAUAGAUGAUUCUAGGGCUGAUUUAACUUCUUACAAGAGCCUUGUUUUUACUGCAACUCUCUUUGCGGGCAUAUUUCAAGCUGCCUUUGGAAUCUUCAGGUUGGGAUUUCUUGUCGAUUUUUUCUCCCAUGCUGCUAGUGUUGGGUUCAUGUCAGGCUCCGCCAUAAUUAUUGGUCUUCAACAGCUCAAAGGACUACUUGGGAUCACCAACUUCACCCAUAAAACUGAUAUUAUCUCUGUCAUGAAAUCCGUUUCUACUGGACUUGCUCAUCAACAGUGGCACAUCAAUAAUUUUGUCCUUGGGUGUUCAUGCCUGACUUUUGUCUUAAUUACAAGACUUCUGGGUACAUGGAAGAAGAAACUCUUUUGGUUGCCAGUAAUUGCCCCUCUCCUGGCUUUUAUUUUUUCUACUUUGAUUGUUUAUUGGACAAAGGCCUAUGAUGAAGGUGUUGUUAUUGUUAGACAAGUCAAAACCGGGUUUAAUCCAAGCUCGGUGCAUCUUUUACAAUUUGAUGGCCCUUAUGUUACUGAAGUGGCCAAGAUUGGGUUGAUCGUUGCUGUUGUUGGACUUACGGAAGCAACGGCAGUAGGGCGGUCUUUUGCAUCCCUAAAAGGAUACCACCUUGAUGCAAACAAAGAAAUGGUAUCUUUUGGCUUCAUGAAUGUUAUAGGAUCUUUGACUUCUUGCUAUGUAUGCGCAGGUUCCUUGUCACGGACGGCAGUAAAUUUCAAUGCUGGUGGUGAAACCCUAGUGUCAAAUAUGGUGAUGGCAGUUACCGUUCUGAUAUCAUUGCAAUUGUUCACAAGAUUCUUGUAUUAUACUCCAAUGGCAGCCAUGGCAUCAAUCAUUCUUUCUGCUAUUCCGCAACUCAUCAAACUCACUGAAGCUAAUCAUAUUUGGAAGGUUGAUAAGUUAGACUUCCUUGCUUGCAUUGGAGCCUUCUUUGGCGUAUUGUUCUUACGUGUGGAGAUUGGUCUUCUAAUUGCGGUGGCAAUAUCAUUUGCAAAGAUCAUUCUCGUCUCGAUUCAACCAGGGGUAGAGAUCCUUGGAAGGCUUCCAGGAACUUGCACGUUUUGUGACGUUGCUCAGUAUCCUAUGGCUAUGAAGAUUCCAGGAGUCCUGAUAAUCCGUAUCAAAUCUGCCUGGCUUUGUUUUGCAAAUGCCAAUAAUAUUAGAGAAAGGAUUAUGAGAUGGGUGACUGAAGAAGAGGAGGAUGCCGAAGGAAAGAUCAGAAGGACGACUAUCAAACAUGUAAUUCUUGACAUGUCGAGUUUAAUGAACAUUGACACAUCUGGGAUUGUUUCUCUAGACGAACUUCAUAAGAAUCUGGUCUCACAUGGAGCAGAGUUAGGCAUUGCAAACCCUAGAUGGCAAGUGAUUAACAAACUCAGAUUAGCCAACUUUGUCGGCAAAAUUGGAGGAAUGGUCUUCUUGACUGUUGGAGAAGCUGUGGAUGCAUGCGUACUUUAG